CGCCCCAGCUGUAUGUCCGUCUUGUGUAAGCAUUACCGUGUGUUUUGAGGGCUGAUGACACACUGUUAUAUGAAGAUACUCGGCAUGUUGUUGUUUCUAAAGUUAGCCGAAUAAUACAUUUAUUUAUCUGACGCGUUUAAGUUAGUAGUUGACAGAGCAUUUAUAACAAGCUAUUUGUAUUAUUUCUGUCAUUGUUUAUGUGGAGAACACUGUAAUUGCAUGAACAUGAUGAACAGGACUUUAUCGAGAAAACUUCUGGGCUCCAUGUGCGGGAUCUCCAACCCUCGACUGAGCUUCGCUCAAAGCGCCGUCAACACCGUGCAGAGGCAGAAAGAGUUGAUAAAAAGUAGGGAACUGGAAAAGGAUGAACUGAGGCCUCUGUAUAUGGACUUUCAGGCCACCACACCCAUGGACCCAAGGGUUUUGGAUGCCAUGCUCCCCUUUCAAGUCAAUUACUACGGGAACCCACAUUCCCGGACUCACGCUUAUGGAUGGGAGAGCGAGAGUGCAGUGGAAAAAGCCAGAAAACAAGUAGCAGAUCUUAUUGGUGCCGACCCGAGGGAGAUUGUGUUCACCAGUGGUGCGACCGAGUCCAACAAUAUGUCAAUCAAAGGUGUGGCUCGGUUUUAUAAGGCUAAGAAAAACCACAUCAUCACCACCCAGACCGAGCACAAGUGUGUGCUGGACUCCUGCCGAAUUAUGGAGGCGGAGGGUUUUGAUGUAACAUACUUACCUGUGAAAAAUAAUGGACUGAUUGAUCUGAAGCAAUUAGAGGAAACAAUCCGUCCUGAUACCAGUUUGGUGUCCAUAAUGACUGUCAACAAUGAGAUUGGUGUCAAACAGCCAAUCAAAGAAAUCGGUCAUCUGUGUAGGUCCAAAAAUGUGUUCUUUCACACUGAUGCUGCUCAGGCUGUUGGAAAGAUCCCCGUUAAUGUCAAUGACUGGAAAGUGGAUCUGAUGUCCAUCAGCGGCCAUAAGAUCUAUGGGCCCAAAGGAGUUGGGGCUUUGUAUGUGAAGAGGAGACCCAGAGUUCGUAUUGAGCCUUUGCUGAACGGAGGGGGACAGGAAAGGGGUCUACGUUCAGGGACCGUGCCCACACCUCUCGCCGUAGGCUUCGGAGCCGCUUGUGAGAUCGCCCAGCAAGAGUUAGAGUACGAUUACAAGCGUGUGACAAUGCUUGCAAAUCGCCUUGUGCAGAAGAUCAUGUCGGAGAUUCCUGAUGUUGUGAUGAAUGGAGACCCAGAUCAGAGGUACCCAGGAUGCAUUAAUUUAUCAUUUGCCUAUGUUGAGGGAGAGAGUCUGUUGAUGGCGUUAAAAGAUGUUGCGCUUUCAUCUGGAAGCGCCUGCACAUCUGCUUCCUUGGAGCCCUCGUAUGUCCUCAGAGCGAUAGGGGCAGAUGAGGACUUGGCUCACUCGUCUAUUCGAUUUGGAAUUGGCAGAUUUACCACAGAGCAGGAAGUGGACUUUACAGUGGAGAAGUGCAUUCAGCAGGUCAAACGGCUGAGGGAGAUGAGUCCGUUAUGGGAAAUGGUCCAGGAGGGGAUUGACAUUAAGAGCAUCAAAUGGACCCAGCACUGAAUCGUUCUGAACACAUGGAGUAUGAAGCACUGCUUUAGUUGUGAAUACUCAGUCGUUACAGUUGAUUAGUCUGCCGUACCCAUUCUCCUUCGAUCUUAUAUUCCCAAAAAACACGCACAAUUAUUAUUAUUAUUAUUUUUUUUCGAUUUGGAGAAUUGAACUUGUCUAAGUGCAUUUGGAUGAAUUGCAGGGGUUACAUAGAUGUGUAUUUUGUCACUUUUUCUCAAACGAGCUUUCACCUCAGUUUUUUUAUAUUUGUGAGCGUAUAUGUAGUGUAUUCACAGUUGCUCUGUUUAAAUCAAUGAAAAUAUAAUUACAAAAGACAUCUUACUAUGAACAUGCACUGAGUGUUGCCUUUGUCAGUUGUGUUUGAGCACAUCAUAGUGCAACAUGUUUUAGGAGUCUAUCAUAUUGUCUGUUGUCCUUGUCCUGAGACCAGCAGAAUGAAUUUAAUUGAGUUGAGUUUCCUCAAAAUUAGCUUUGUGUUAUGCAAGUCAGGUGCAACUGAGGUGCAGUGUAAUUAAUUCAUAAUUACAGUUUAUGGGUAAAGUUUUUCAUAAAAUAAAGGACAAUACCAGCUUGAAACAUUGAAAUUUUUUGCAUGGGACAGGAUUGAUAAAUAGAAGUCUUUUAAAUUUACCUGCCUAUUAAAAAGGUCUAGAACGAGCUUGGAUGUCUUUCAUGAUUGCAGUACACAUAUUCUGUAGUGUCUGUUGAUGUGAAGUCGUUGUUUUACUCCAGAAUGUAUGUCAUACAAAUAAACAUCUAAACCAA